AACUGGCUCUUGGCGCGUUUCUUGAUUACUCGGAUUCUUCUUCCACGCCAUGCAUCGCCGCCGCCACUAGGUUUACCAAUCGCCUUGGAUCUUGCAUCAAUCAUCCUUAUCGCCCACCCACAGGCAACGUACCUUGCAGAGACGCCGUCACGCCGCCUUGGUGGGCAAGCUGAAGAGAGCAACUGUAGCCGCAACACCACAUCAUCUUUACUUCACAACCGACGGUGUUGGGUAUCUAUCUAGCUUUAACCCCAGCUAAGCAUGGAAGCCCCAUCUUCCUUUUCGACCCCCAAGCGGAAACGCCCUUUACCAUUCGAACCGACAAUUCCCAACCUCAACCAGACCAGGGCCUUGACUGGCUUGACAGGGGAGUUCACAUUCGAACUCGGCUCAUCCACAGAUGCUGAGGACGGCAGUAAGAGUCCGCGGACCACUGUAGCACACAGGCUACAGCACCUCUUCCUAAAUGGCGGGGGCCUCGGCGGUACCUCUACCGGUGGGGUCUUUGGUGGUGGAGGCAUUGUGCCUGUGCGAACAUCAGUGUCGACGGCGUCGCAACCGUCCCUGUCGCAACCACAGCAACCAUCGUCGCAAACUCACCAGCAGUAUUUUGGCUACCCCUUCCCACGCGUGUCACGGUCGCGAGACAUGCAGGAAGUCGAUGAGGACCAUGGGCGACCAGACGGGCCCCGUAAACGAGUCAAACUCCCCGAUCGAGACGUUGACAUGACGGGUGUUGCCGGAACCCCAAUGCGGCCUCCCGCUUCGACGAACAAUGGCAGGACACCCUUUGAAGCCGCCGGAGCGACUCCAAGUUCUUCAAUGCCACCGCCUUCGACUCCCGUAAGUCAACAAUCAGGCGCGGUCAUUACUCCGGAUGGACCAUCUCCAAAGCGGCGACUGGCGCCCAAGGGCGUUCAGUUCAAUAUGGACCCCACCGAAAAUCAACAUUCCGACAACAUGGGCACAACAAGCGGUACAAGGGACACCCAAACACCAAACAACGCUAUCCAAAUACCCUCUUCCUCGCCCCUCUCGUCCAUCACCAAAGCGGUCGGUCACCCCAAUUCUACACCAACCCAGAGACCUUUAGCGCCGAAGCCGGCCAACAUCAGUAUGGCUCCACCGUCAUCGUCGUCAGCAGCGGCCGCAACCAAGAAGCCUCGCAAAUCGAAAUCACCUCCCCUCCAACCUCAACCGGCCGCAUCCACCUCGACGUCCUCCCCCAACUCACCUACCAUAAUCGAUCCGCUCCGCGCCAGCCUCACCUGGCAAGAUUCCGAAAUCACCGUCUACGACCCGGACGACAGCGACGAUGACGGUACCGGUAUCAACGGCAUCGGCUUCAAGCCCACCCCGGAGAUGGAACACGCGCGCAGGAUGAAGCGCAAGAAGCAGCUGGCCGAGUAUCGCAAACGCGAGAUGGGCGAGGCUCGCGCCAGGAGGAAAGAGCGAAGAGCGGGUGCUGACGGAUUGGUGGGGAGCGGCACUGAGGGUGGUGGAGGUGGUAGUGCUGGACCCAAGGGCAAGGAUGCCAUUGCGACUGCUAAGGGCAAGCUGAAGGCUGAGAAGAGAAGGGUCAGGUUUUUGGAGACGGUGACGAGGACGGUUGUUGAGAUGCCGCCACCGCCACCGGUUACGACGAUGGAGGGUGUGACGCAGACUGAGACGGCAGCUGCGGCGGAGGGUCAAGGAGGUUCAGGAGGGGAUGAUGGAAGUGGUGGUGAUACAAGCGUCUCUGGUAUGGCUGGCGCUGGCGCUGACCCUGCUGUGGUUGAGGCUUGAUGGACGGGCCUUUUUUUUUCUCGCUUAUGGCUCUUCUGUUUGUCAGGCAAGCAAGUUAUUCGGUUGGGAUGAACAACUCAUGGCUUACCUUAGUUCAUUGGCAAGUUUGGCGUUUGGGUGAGGGAUUG